AUGGUUUGCAAAGUGCUGCCGAAGAUUGAGACCCCUACACGGAGGGUGACGAAAGACACCCAGGAGUCCAUGCCUGAGGUGGCAGAUUAUGAAACCGCACUGGAUAUUGCUGGUUAUGGCCGAUUCAGCCGCAACGCCCUCGGCGCUUGUGCUUUCGCGUUCUUGGCGUCUGGUGUACAGAACUGCAUCAUGUCUUAUGUACUGCCUGCGGCACGAUGCGAGCUCACGCUCACGACCUACCAGUCUGGAUUGAUCAACAUGGCUUUUAUGAGUGGUGGUGUAGCAAGUGCUUUCUUCUGGGGUAUCGUAGGUGAUGUAUUCGGCAGAAGGAACUGCCUCAGCAUGACAUUACUGCUAGAUGCUGCCAUCACACUAGCGCAGAGCACAGUUCCUGACUACAGGCUUUUGUUAGCUGCUAGAACUAUUAAUGGAUUUAUUAUUGGUGGACCAGCAACAUUGGUGUUCUCAUACUUGUCAGACCUGGUUGGAGCCAAGAAACGGCAGCUCUACUUGAACGUCGUAGGAAUGAGCUUCAUUGUCGCUUGGCUUCUAUUACCUGCUGUCGCUUGGCUGGUUAUCCCGUUUAACAUACCUGACCAUCCCACUAUACUCCCCAUCUACUCCUGGAGAUUGCUCCUGGCUCUGGGCAGUAUACCUGGAUUCAUUGCCGGAGCCUGGCUGAUGUGUCUGCCAGAGAGUCCACGGCUGCUUUCCGACACGAACAGAGAAGACAAGGCCUUGAAGGCGCUGGCAUAUAUCUACAAGGCUAAUCACGGAAAGAAUUCAGAAUUUAAAAUAAAGAAAUUGGUCCAAGAAGAGAUCUUCGUAGCCAAGACCCUGGGUGGUGAAGAAAACAGGACAAAGGAUUUGUUUCUAAACGUUCUGAGAGACCUCAAGGUCUUUGUUUCAAAGAGAUAUGCAAUGAAGUCGACACUAAUACUAUUCAUUUUCUUCGCUAACAUGGCUGCCGGAUUUGGUCUAAAUAUGUGGAUUCCUGAACUUCUCCAACGCAUUCAAGGAACACAAUGCAAUAGUCUGACAGUCACAACAUUACAACCAGAGACCUCUAAGCUGAUCAAUACUACCACAAUUUGGAAGAACCCAAAGUAUGAUUCGUACGGUAAAAGAAUUCCAGCGGCAGGCUUCAAUGAUAGCAGUUAUGAAGACCAUGGAAGCACCUGCAAUCCUAAUAUUGAUUCAAAAGUUUAUACGUCAGGACUGAUAGUGGGCGCGUGCUGCGUGCUGGGUAGCGCUGCGUGCGGCGUGCUGUGUGCUCGUGGCGGCGCGCUGGGAGUACGACGUGCGGCGGUGGCGUGCACGGCCGUGUGUGCACUAGCUGCUAUAUGCCUCGCUGCCACCGCGUGCCCGUGCUCUCGAUUCGGCAACAUAGCUGUUGCAGCCGCUGCUGCACUCAACGCUGCAUCUCUUAACGGGAAUGUAUUGCUGAUUAGGUUGCUGUUGCAUGCACUACCAGCUAAGUUGAGUGGUCUUGGUGUGUGUUGGGGUGCCUGGUGGGGCCGAGUCGGUGGUUUGGCCACAAACUUGGCUAUUGGUGUCUUACUGGAUUAUUCUUGUCCGGCGCCUUUCAUCGCCGUAGGAGCAUUACUCGCAUUAUCAAUUGGGGUGAUCAUGAUAAUGAAAUUAGAAGAAAAUAAAUCAGAAAGUCCGGUAGAAGAACAAGACGUCGCAUCGGAGAAAAAUACGGGAUUAGACAGAUAUAUAUCUACGUACAUGUAG